CACAUGCACAAGGCAAAACAUAGUUACACCAAAGAUCAAUGUUCUUGAGUAUGCUGAGUAUUAAAACUGUGGGCUGUGGUAUAACCAUGCAUUAACAGAACUAUCAAAAAGGGGUAUAAUAUAGAUCUAGUUAUAGUUAGAAAGAAAAUGGCAGCUCAGAAUCCCAACAACCAGCAACGAUCUGGCAAAAAGAGAAGAAUAGGAUUCGAUUGUGAGUUUCUCGAACCUCCACCAAAACGAUACGUUCAGUCUGAGUGUCCAGUUUGUCUCCAGAUCAUUCGAGAGUCCCACCAGGUCACAUGCUGUGGAAAGAAGUUUUGCAAAACAUGUAUUGAACACAUCAAAGCAAUUCAAAAGCCAUGCCCAACUUGCAACGAAGAGGACUUUUUGAAUUUCCCUGACAAAGGUUUGAAACAAUCACUCUACAGUUUGAAAGUUCGCUGUAGCCACCAGAAAGACGGGUGUGAGUGGAUGGGGGAUUUGAGACAGCUUGAUGAGCACCUCAACACAGAUCCACGACCAGAGAAACAACUCGAUGGAUGCAAAUUUUUUGAGAUUGAUUGCAUCUAUAAAUGCGGGAAACAUCAGCAGCGAAGGUACAUUCAAGUCCACCGAAUUAAGGAUUGCCCUAAACGACAAUUCGGUUGUGAGCACUGCCAUUAUUACAAGUCUACCUAUGAUGAUGUCACCAACAACCACUGGCCUGUGUGUGGGUCCUUCCCUGUCCCCUGCCCUAACCAGUGUGGUUCAACUAUCCAACGUCAGAAUAUAGACAGCCAUGUUGCCGAUGAGUGCCCCCUGACCACCAUCAACUGUGACUUCCACCACGUAGGCUGUGCUGUGAAACUCCCUCGACAAGACAUGCCAGAACACAUGAGAGAGAACCUACUCACACACAUCUCUCUAUUGGCAACCAGUCAUGCCAAGCAACAAGACAAAAUCACAAGUCUGGAAACUGAAAAUAGAACACUUAAAACUGAGUUGAAACCAUUACAACAACUGCUCAAGACUGCACCUUUCAUCGUGAACUCUAGACCUCUUGGUCCACUGGAGCCCCCUGUCCUUACGAUGACUAACUUUCAACAACACAAGAGAGAUGACAAUUGUUGGUUCUCCCUUCCAGUCUACACUCACUAUCAGCUGGGCUACAAGAUCUGUCUCAGAGUGGACGCUAACGGCUGUGGCCCUGGUAAAGGAACAUACGUCUCUGUGGGUGUAUUCUUUAUGAGAGGAGUAUUUGACGAUUCUCUGAAAUGGCCGUUUUGUGGUGUGAUUUCAUUUCAACUACUGGACCAGGUCAAUGGCGAGGAUCAUAAAACACACACUCUCACCUAUGAUGACAAAAUACCUAACGAGUACUGUGCCAGAGUGAGGGAGGGAGAGAGGGGAAUGGGGCGGGGAGACCCAAAGUUCAUUGCUCACUCUAAACUGGAGCCCAAGUAUUUACGAAAUGACACUCUUCUUUUCCAAAUACACAAAGCUAAGUAGAACUGAACUAUUAGAUUAUAAUCUAUGUACAGACAAUUAUUUCACAAACGUACUAGUCAUGAUUAUUUUAUCUGUGUACUGAUAAUAUAUACAUUUAGCUCUACACGAUAAUUGUUCAUUUUGGUAACAAAAAUUUAACUUUUGAUAAACA